UUGCGCCAUCUGUAGCCCAUUUCGAUCGCCAAUACUGAUUUUGUUAGGAUAAGUUUAUGCUUUUUCAGGAAGCAGCUUCCACACAUCCGAAUGACAAACGAGCCCGAACAAAACAAACAAUUCAUCAAUUGCUUUUAAGUUUUUGUUUGUCAAAGAAUUUGAUGAAUCAUACAUCAUACGGUCUAGCUUUAAAUUUUAAUGGCUUCUCGCCGUGCUGUCUUCCGAAAUACUCCUGAUAAUUCAGAAGUAGACUCAGAAAAUGAAAAUCGGGAAAAUGAGAAUCGAGAACAUUUUCAGGCGAGUCCUAAAUUGACUAAAUAUCAUGUUCUCGCGUUUAUCCUUACUUUCGUCAGCUACGCUCUUUUCCAUGCUACUCGUAAGACUUUUAGUAAUGUUAAAGUUACUGUAACAUCUACCUGGACUCCUGAAAAUGUAUCACUUCCAAGAAUAUAUGAUGAGAAAUGGAAUGGACAUCAUUUAUUUGAUAAUUCUGUUGAUGCAUCUUUUUUUCUUGGAGUUUUAGAUACUGUAUUCAUGACUUCAUAUGCAAUUGGACUCUUUAUUAGUGGUGCCAUUGGUGAUAGAUUGAAUUUAAAAUAUGUUCUUGGAUUUGGUAUGUGCUCGUCUUCAAUAAGUGUUUUCAUGUUUGGAGUUGUUAGUGAAUGGCUACAUUUGUACAGCAAAAUAUGGUAUGUUUUUUUUUGGAUGCUAACUGGUUUCUUACAAUCAACUGGUUGGCCCACUGUAGUAGCAGUUAUUGGCAACUUUUUUGGAAAAUCUAGUCGUGGCUUUGUGAUGGGUGUUUGGGGUGCAUCUCCAUCUGUUGGAAACAUUGUUGGAACGUGUAUGGUCAAUAUUGUUCUACAUUAUGGUUAUCAAUAUUCCUUCUUAAUCACAUCAAGUGUAACAUUUGCCUUUGGAAUUGUCAUACUCUUCAGUCUUGUAUCCUCUCCUCGUGAUGUUGGUCUCCCAGAUCCCAAUGACAAUGGGCCAGAUAAACAGCCUCUACUAAAAUCUGACAGUACCUAUGAAAAAUUAAGUUAUGAAAGGCCAAAAGCUGUGGGUCUUUGCAAUGCUUGUUGCUUGCCAGGAGUUAUAGCUUAUUCUUUUGCAUAUGCUUGCUUAAAGUUUGUUAACUAUUCCUUUUUCUUCUGGUUGCCAUAUUAUUUGCAAAUGGCUUAUAAAUGGAAUGAAGACAAGGCUGAUCUUCUCUCUAUUUGGUAUGAUGUUGGUGGAAUAAUAGGAGGAAUUGUCAUAGGAUACAUUUCGGAUAGAUUAGAAAGUAGGGCACCUGUUGUUGGUUUGAUGCUUUUCUUAGCACCUUUUUCUCUAUACUUAUAUAGUGAGGCUCCUGCUGAUUAUGUCACUAAUGCUGCUAUUAUGACAGUGACUGGAACAAUUAUUGGUGGUGUUGCAAGUUUAAUCAGUACUGCAGUUUCUGCAGAUUUGGGUAGACAUCCUGAAUUAUCUAACAGCAAAGAAGCUUUAUCUACAGUUACUGGAAUAAUUGAUGGGACAGGUAGCUUUGGUGCUGCUAUAGGGCAGGUUCUGGUUCCAGUCAUAAUGCAUAAAUUUGGAUGGAAAUCUGUCUUUUAUGUUUUUAUGAUAAUGACUAUUUUAACCCUUGUAUGUAUAAUAAAAAUUGUAUAUCGUGAUACUGUGGAUCUAAUUAAAAGGAUGCUUAGCAGGCGAAGAUAUACACCUUUACACGUUAAUCAAAGUCCUAUUAAUGUUGAAACAGAAAUUGCAUCAGACAAUUAUGAAAAUUGAACAAGGCAUUGUUAUUACUUCAAUUAAGAAUUUCUCUUUAUAUGUUUCUAUUUUAUGUUUAUUUAAAUUUGUACCAAAAUAUUGUUUUUUGUCUCGUCUAAUAAGUAUUUUUUUAAUGAACUGUUUUAUAUGUAAGUGCAUGGUAAAAGUCAUGUUACAUACUUUUAAAAAGAUGAUUGACAAAUAAAAAAAUGCAUUAUUACUAGUUAAUUAAAGUCAUCUAAAUACUUAGCUGGAAAAUUAAUUAAAAGAAACAAAGAGUUUAAUAUUUCUACCAUAAUAAAGGCUUAUACUUCUCAAAAUUAUGUAUGUUGCUUUAUUUGGUUAUUUAAAUUAUUUUAAUUUUAUAAUUUUUUUAAUACUAAACCAAGUUUUCUUUGUUUUUUUAAUGUUGUUCUCUUAUUUUAUUCAUUAUUUUUUAUGAAAUAAGCUUUAAUUACUAUAUGUGUAAUAAUUUAGUUUACUAUUAUUGAUAUAUAUAUCUAGCUUAGAUAAUUUGUUGUGCUUCUACUCAUUUUGUUCAUUUCAUUAGAAUACAAAUCAUUUAUUUCGUUGGAAUAAAAAUGUAUUAUUUUUGCUAGUCAAUGAUGUCUCGGUGAUUUGAUUAUUUUAAUGUUUUGAUAAAAUGAACUAUUUUUAUAGAAAUUUUAUAUUAAAUGACUGGUGAAUGUUGAAAUGUCAACUAUUUUUAUAUCUCUUAUCUGUUUUACUUCUUACACAUUGUAGCUAAAUAUUAACUCCUUAUUAAAUGUGUUUCAAUUUUUAGAUUAGCUUUAGCUAUUUAUUUAACUUAAACAACUAACAGACAAAUUUUAAUUUUUUUGCAAAGUAUUUUUGAAUCACCUCUCUUUCUCAGUUCAUGGACUUUUCCAUACGUAUUUUUUCUUUUAGCUUUUCUUAGCAGUAAAUUUAUAUUCCUAAUAUUGCUAUUUGUUAUUUAUUAUUUUAUAUGUGAGCAUUUUUAGUCUGAUUUUUUUUAUUGGGCUAAAAAAUGUUAUUCUGUUUGAUAAAAGUUGAGUUUUAUUUUAAAAUUUUGUCCCUAUGUAAACAAGAAUAUAUUUUAUUGGAAUUAAUUGUUGUUGUUCGAAUAACUUAUAGUGUAUUGUAAUUACUUCAUUAUAUCAUUAUUUAUGAUAAAAUAAAACAUUUUCAUAUUUUUAA